AUGGCUUUAAUCGGACACCUUCAUCUUGUACGAGCAGGCAAGCCCCAACAUCAAGCAUUUGGAGCCAUGGCAGAUAAGUAUGGACCAAUCUUUUGCUUUCACAUUGGCCUGCGAAAGCUCAUGGGCUAUGGCCAUGCCAUGUUUGGCUUCUCUCCCUGCGGGCCAUACUGGCGUGAUGUAAGGAAGCUGGCCUCGGUUGAGCUCCUCUCAAACCGCCAGCUUGAGUUACUCAACCAUGUCCGGGACUCAGAAGUUAAGCUUUUCAUCAAAGAGCUCUACGGGCAAUGGAUACAAAAUGGGGACAGGCCUGUCUUGGUCGAGAUGAAGGAGAAGUGUUGGCACCUGGCAGCAAAUGUAAUGGUGAGCGCAGUAGCUGGGAAAUUUUGGCACCGUUACAAAUGA